AAUCAGUCCACCGGCCACUAGCUGCUUAAAAAUAAAAAUAAAAAAAUGAAGAAAAGGGGAAAUUAAGUUACAUCUCAGUCCUCAUUGCAACUUGACUUGACACGACAUCGUUCGAUAAAACUAGACAAAACUGCUGCGAUCAAAUUCGAAAUCGCCGUCCGACGUCGUCGAUCGAAUCUGACCGUCCAAAUAUGUUGCUCGCCGUCUUGAUCGCCAACUCCGAGGGAAAUAUCCUUGUCGAACGUUUCAAUGGAGUCCCUGCAGAGGAACGUCUGCAUUGGCGAUCUUUCUUAGUUAAGCUCGGAGCAGAUAAUCUUAAAGGUGUAAAAAAUGAAGAGCUCCUUGUUGCUUCCCACAAAUCAGUGUAUAUUGUCUAUACAGUUCUUGGUGAUGUCAGCAUUUUUGUUGUUGGCAAGGAUGAAUAUGAUGAACUUGCCUUGUCAGAAGCAAUCUUUGUGAUAACAUCUGCUAUCAAGGACGUAUGCGGAAAAGCACCAACUGAGCGCCUUUUCCUUGACAAGUAUGGAAAGAUUUGCUUGUGCCUUGAUGAGAUUGUGUGGAAGGGAUUGCUGGAGAACACAGACAGAGACAGAAUCAAGAGACUAAUAAGAUUGAAACCUCCAACUGACUUCUAAGCGAUGAGCAUGUUGUUGUAUCAAGUUUAUUGGAGAAAGGCAGAGAGUUUUGCAGCAUAUUUUGUGUAAUGGCAUCACGAGAUUUGUAUGUAUUGGUAUGAAACAAAUACUUCGGAUUUUGAGUUUAUGACUGCUGAUUUUUUUGUACCAAAUUUGCCUACGGGACUUCUGUAGUAUAGCUUUUUUUUUUUUUU